CUAUAUAUUAUAUUAUAUAUUUGCGAGCUGCUUUGGCUCAGCUGAGGGUCAGUCAGUAAGGUCUGCAUCCGUCUGCUGAGGUGUGAGCCACGGCUCAGGAAAGGGAGGGGAGGCUUGAUGAUGGAGGGGAAGGGUCCUGAUGCUGGUGCCUCUGCUGUUCCCCUGGUUGCUAUCGAACGUGAGCAGGCUUUUUCUCUCUCUUUUUUUCAUUGGCUGCCACUCUGGCCACGAGCCAUGUGGUUGGGGUGAUAACCAAUGAAAUAAAGGCAACGCUCCUAUAAUAGUGCUCUCCCUUAAAGGGACAGCAGCGUGCCUCUUGUUUGUUUUAUUAGGGAAUAGUGCUGUUUCACAAUGCUCCUGCGGAGAUGUGGAGAAAGGACUGAGGGAGAGAUGCUCAGUGUGUAUGGCGAGGCCCAGUGUAAUGAGCCGAGUCUCCUAGGUAACCACGGCCGCUGUGAAAACGCUGUCUCACUCUCAGCUCUGCUACAGAAUUCCUCUGCAACGUGCCAACAUGAAGGUGCACACAUGAAUAUUCCCACUCAGUCUCUCGCUCUUCCUCACACCCUCGCUCACACACAUAUUUUCGACAGACGUACAUGCUGUCUUGUGGCACAUGCGCACUCAGGCUGCGAUCGGAGGCGAGCACAGACACACACACACACGCGCACGCACUUGCAGCCACACUGCCUGAUUAGCUUGCGAGGGCUGUCUACAGCAUCCAAGGAAGAGACGAGAGAGGACUGGAGGGACGACGGCCCGAAGCGGCGGGAUUAUACUCUGGCGUUCUGGCCGGCUGAGACUGACACGGGGAAGGAGACGGAGCUUUCAGGAGGAGGCUUGACUGACUGUGAUGCUGGGUUCGGUGUGGCACUGCUAGGACCGGGCCGGGCCUCUGGAUCUGUACCGUGGGGGAGGGGUGGUCUACGCAGAGAGAAGGAGUCUGUUUUUCCAGACCUGGGUUUUGGUGUUGUUCUCCAGCAUGGCCAUCUGCUCCAGGCCUGCCAGCUUCUCCAUCUCCCCUCCGCUACGUCCCUGACGUGCUCUCGCUCUCAUCACCUGUUUCCUUUCCCCAGAUGUUUCUGUUGAUCUUUUUGCCUCCACUGUGUCAUACCUUCGUCACCUCUCUCGCCUCCCCUCUCAUAUCCAUCGUCUAGCGUUUGUUACAUCUCUCCACAACCUCACACUCCUCUCUCUGUGUCCUUCAGACAGCUCCUUCCUCCAUCUUUUCUCAUCUUUACCCUCCAUCUUUCCUGUUCCUGCUCCUAUCUGCCCGAGAGAGACCACAGUUCUGGGUCAGUCUCUUCACCUAGAGGGCUGAGAUGUAGUCUCCACAGCUGUCAGAUCCAGGGGUCUCCUGGUCUGCCGCAGCUCUCCGGACCGCACUGAGGCUGGAGUCGCACUCUGGACUGACUGGGUGGCCUGCUUUGGGUUGCUGUAUGUAGGCAAGAACAGUCUGCCCCAGCAACCCCUUCCCUUGCCCCCUACCCCGUUCCUCUCACCCCACGCGGGACAGCCUUCACUCUGGAGUGUCCUGGCGUGACAGGCUGUGACCUCUCCCCUCACACCCUGACCACGGCCUCAUGCCAAUGGGGCACCUGCAGUGCUCCCACCUCUCUCCACUACCGCACCUCCUGCCUGUGCCACCGACCCAAAGACCCAAAUCGAAACAUGGGUGUGGUGGAGGCAAUUGACCCGACGCCAUCCCCCUGCCCCUCGCCUGUGCCAGGGGGUUACAGGCUGCCCCGCUCCUCCAGCUACAGCCCGCUGCAGGGGAGGGCCGGGGCAGAGCUGGACCUCGGCUCGGCCACAGGGGGAGUUCUGGAGGGGGGUGGUACGACGGCGGAGCGGAGGACACCCUUCGUGGACCUGUUCUGUGAGACCUGCUCCAGGCCCUGGCUCAUCGGCUGGUGGGGCCAGUUCAAGAGGAUGUUGAACAGAGAACUGUCCCAUCUGUCAGAGAUGAGCCGCUCAGGGAACCAGGUGUCAGAGUACAUUUCCACGACCUUUCUAGAUAAGCAGAACGAGGUGGAGAUCCCGUCGCCCACCUUAAGGGAGAGGGAGAAGCCCAUGUGUCACAUCAGCGGAGUGAAGAAGCUCACGCACAGUUCCAGCCUUUCCAAUUCCACCCUGCCUCGCUUCGGUGUGAAGACGGAACACGAGGAUUCUUUAGCCAGGGAGCUGGAUGACCUGAACAAGUGGGGCCUUAAUAUCUUUCGUGUGGCAGAGUUCUCCAACAACCGACCCCUCAGCUGCAUUAUGUUUGCCAUUUUUCAGGAAAGAGAUCUCCUCAAAACGUUCCGCAUCCCAGUGGAUACAUUUGUCACCUAUGUUAUGACGCUAGAGGAUCACUACCAUGCCAACGUGGCCUACCACAACAGCCUCCACGCUGCCGAUGUCACUCAGUCAACACAUGUUCUGCUCUCCUCACCAGCUCUCGAUGCUGUGUUCACUGAUCUGGAAAUACUAGCUGCUUUAUUUGCUGCUGCCAUACAUGAUGUGGACCACCCAGGGGUCUCCAACCAGUUCCUCAUAAACACAAACUCAGAACUGGCUCUGAUGUACAACGACGAGUCGGUGCUGGAAAAUCAUCACCUGGCUGUGGGCUUCAAGCUGCUUCAUGAGGACAACUGUGACAUCUUUCAGAACCUCAGCAAGCGGCAGAGACAAAGUCUGAGGAAACUUGUCAUAGAUAUGGUUUUGGCGACAGACAUGUCUAAACACAUGAGUUUGCUGGCGGACCUCAAGACCAUGGUCGAAACCAAGAAGGUGACGAGUUCAGGGGUUCUGCUUCUCGAUCAUUACACUGAUCGGAUACAGGUGUUGAGGAACAUGGUGCACUGUGCUGACCUCAGCAAUCCCACGAAGCCUCUCGCUGUGUAUCGCCAGUGGACGGAGAGAAUCAUGGAGGAAUUUUUCCGGCAAGGAGACAAAGAAAGAGAACGCGGCAUGGAGAUCAGCCCGAUGUGUGACAAACACACUGCAUCUGUGGAGAAGAGUCAGGUGGGCUUUAUUGACUACAUUGUCCACCCGCUGUGGGAGACAUGGGGGGACCUGGUCCAUCCCGACGCACAGGACAUUCUGGACACUCUAGAGGACAACCGAGACUGGUACCAGAGCACCAUUCCACAAAGUCCCUCGCCUCCUCCUGUGUGUCAGGACAAGGAGCUCAACGCCUGCAUGGACAAAUUUAAGUUCGAGCUCACGCUGGAAGACAGCUCGCAGAUAGAGCAGGACGACGAGGCGGACAAGUCCACGAACCACACGGCACAUGACUGCAGCCAAGGGGAGGAGGAUGAGGAUGAAGACGAGGAGGGCAAGAAGGAGGAUGAGGACAUUAUGGUGGAGGAGGAAAACGAGGACAUCAUCGAGGAGGAAGACGAAGUAGCAAUGGAGGAGGAGGAGGCUGAAGAGGAGGAAUUAAAAUCCGAGCUGGAGGUGAGAUGUGAUAAGGAGAGACUUUCCGACACAACUCCUGUAGAGGAGGAGGAGGAUUCUUCUUCACAAGCUGAAGAUACAUGAGUUUCUCCGUCCUCACUUGCACACAUGAUCCUCGUCAUGUUUCUAUGGUCAAACCUAGACUGCAAUGACAAUACAGACCUUUUGAGUAUAUUUUUCAAAAAGGGAAUAAUUGCGUAAAGAGAAGUUAAAUACACAGCAACUGUAGAUCCGGAGUUGUGGCAAUUCCUUCGACCGGUUUCACGAGGAUUACGAGGUUACUAGACAAGUGGACAUCUUGGGGUGGGAGGGAGGACGGUGGGGUAGCGCUCUGUGACCACAAUGCACACACAGAAACAUGGUCCAAUGUUGAUGUGAGGUCCGUGAUGCAGUACAUUUGCAAUAACCUGCUUCUUUCUUGCAGACACACACUGUGUGUGUUUGUGUGUGUGCAUUCCAGCGAGGGAAACAGAUCAGUCUCUUUGGAAAAAGCCAUCUCUUAAUGGGGUAUAGCUUGUGUUUAGUCAGUAUUAGUAAUUCAUGUGUCUUUCCAAAAACUGUUCUCUUAAAAAAGCUACACGUCCGAGUGAUUUUUUUUUUUUCCAUUUCUGUCGGAAAGAAAAAAAAAAGUGUCCACACAGUCUGGGAGGAAGAUGCUGCGAUGAGGGGCGUAAACGUCCCACACCCCUGUUCCCUUUACAAGGAGGAGCGCUACUGGUGCAAGAUGGCUCUGUGCCUUUUUGACACACCGGCUUCCUGAACGGAGCUGUCACGAAGCAAUGCAUUGUGGGACGCGAGUGUCUGAUUUCGUUGUCAUAUUUUCGAUUGUCUCUUGUUAAAAAUCUCUUUACUCACGGUGUUGUGGCCAGUUCUGUGGUGAUGUAUUUGUUUCAGAUGAAGGUCUUCCUUUGUUGCUCUUCUGGUAAUCUAAUAAUCUACCAACACCACCACCAGUUUUGCUUUGAAUAAUCUAUAAGCCAUGAGAUGCAUAUUUUGCCUACUUUAUACUCAACGUUUGAUGCAUCAGCAGAACAACUAUUUCACACCAUCUGCAAUGAUUCUCACCAAAGUAAAGGUAGUUUGGAGAUGAGAGAAUUAGGUGGAGUAUCAGGGAUGUUGAAGCAAAGAGGAACAGCUCUGUGGUUCUCCAGUCAUCCUCAUGCAUUUUUGCCUUAAUGUCAGAAGCAGGAUACACACAUAUGUAAACAGUAUAUGUACACACAUCCUGUGUGUAUCCCCCUUUGUGAAUUCACCCCCCCCCGUUCAUAAAGUAAACAUGGCUUAUUGCAGUGCUCUGACAAACAUGACGAAUGUGUUGUUUCCGCAUCGUAAAUCUGUGAUCAAAGAUGAGACAUAGUUUGAUGUUCUCCUUACAGAAGGUAGUUUGUCAAUAUGUACCCUGCGAUGGACUGGCGACCCGCCCAUGGUGACCUCUGCCCCCUGCCCCCAGGUACAUGGCUCCAGCCGUCUGCAUUCAAGGGAACAAGCAGAUGAUAAUGAAUGACAUAAAAAGCGUUUGUGUUUUUGUAUCUCACUGACACGGUCACAGGCUCACAGCACACCUUUCUUUUCGUUAUUGACAGGGUAAGGACAAAUAAUAAUAGUGACGUAAGGAGUGUUUGUCGGGAGCUGGUUUCUGCAGGUCAGUUACUGAGCUCUCCAGAAGAAGCCACAGCUCAGUGUGUGUGCUUGAACUGCUCUGUUGCUGUCACACUGACUCGGUGGACGGGAAUCCAGGAUUACCAAUGCAGUGACUCCCAUAUGCACACUUUCUUUUGAAGAUGUUGCUUCGUUUCCGUGGCUUCUCGUCGUGUCUUAAGCUCGAAAGACUUAAUAUUUAAUUGCCAUACAAACACGAUACUGUAGCAAUUGUUUCUUAUCAAGAAAAUUAUUCACUUGAUUGCUGCCAUUGUUUUUAAAUGAUCAAAGGAAAACCAUGGGAUGCGUUUUCUUUGAACACUUUGUGUACAGUUUAUUUUUAUAUCAUUCUGGUAGUCGGUCGGGACAAGGGAUCAUAUGGAUAUAAAUAUAUAUAUAUCUGUAAGCGUCGUGUAAAUAUUGUACUAUUGGAUUGUAAAUGAUGAAUUUACUGAAGUCAUGUUGAUUUACAAAUGACCACUUUAGAGAAACAGUGCGGGUCACAGCGUCACGUUUUUACUUCACACUUUGAUUUGCUUGGCCUCACCUAUUGUUGAAUCAAAUAUAUCUGUAUCAGCACUUUAUUUUGUCAGGUCCGGAGGCAGACUGUGUGUUGAGUCGUGUGACGUUUGUGCUGGUGAUUUGGGCGUCAACUGUUAAUCAUAUUCCUUUAAGCGAAAUCACUUGUUGUAUAAUAGUCAGUGUUGAUCAUGAGGCGGAAUCAAACUAGUCUUAUUAAUGGGUCUCGUGAGUUUUGUUUGACUGAUGAGGUCAAAUAUAAGCUAAAAUAGUCACACGGGAUGUGACACUCAAAGAAAAGUGUCUCCUUAUCUGCCAUUCCUGUCACCUGUGUUUCUUAGUAACUUAAAUCACUGACCUGAGGAUGGCAGAAAUGUGCGUCUCACGGUGGCCGGGGUCGCUGUCAGGUUGAGUAGUUGCAGACCGACUCCCUCGAUUCAAUAUUUUUGGGCUUUAAAUCAUGUGUUUGUUCACAAGAGAGCAAGUAGUUCAAGGGGGAAACCAUGAAAUGAUUGUAAUAUUUGUAAAUUUACUUGCCGUAAUGUGUAAAAGUGUCCGAGUUAUUUUUUAUUAUAUUAUUUUUAUGAAGGUUUUUCCUCUUGACAAAGCUGAGGUGUCAUUUUGUGAAUAAAUACAUUUAAUAAACAAACAUAUAUAUAGAUAUAUAUAUAAAAAACAAUAUUAUAGUAUAUCAGUAUAUUUUUUUUUUAUUUCACUGUUCGGUACUGUAAAGUGUGUCACAAAUACAAAUAAA